GGUUAAUACAGCAACGAAGAGGUUCUCGGGUAGAGAGCAAAACUGACUUGCUCUGAUAUAUGUUUUUAAGAAGUUCCAGGAAUGUCUGUAUUAUUUAUUUCCUUGUAUCUGAGCAAACUCCAGGCUCUGGCUAUAGGCAUGCCAUCUCUUGUUUUCUGUAUGUGCUGGGCAGGGACUCUUAAUUUGAAGUAUGUACAUGACUCACCAUCUGGGCUUAGAUAGGGGGUGGAGAAUUCGAUUGCAAGAGCACAAACAAUUUUAACUGUCAGCUAUUCUGCUUGGUUUUGUCCACGUUCUUUAUUAAAUGUAGAUUUCAAGAUUUUGACCUGAUUUCGAUCAGCUGGAACCGUUUUCUGACAUCUAGGUAUGUAGACGAUAUUUAAUUUGCUCUCAAAAUGUAUGUGUCCCUAUGGGAACCUGAUUCCGGUAAUAGAAUUUGAUAUUGUUUAGAUCAGUGUUUCAGUUGUUCAGAGCUUUUGUGAUUAUAGCCAAAACUUAGAACAUUUUUUUAAAAAUGAAAAGCAAAAACACGCAAAUGUGUGAGGUUUCUGGUGUCUUAAAUGCAGAUUAUAUAAUUAAGAUGUGUGAAAAUAAGAAUUGUGAUGAAGUCCCAAAACUGGUAUUUUUAAGAACUGGAAAAGUUCGGGGUGUGUAGUUAUAAAAGGUAAAGGCAAAAUUGUUUGCUUUGGCAUAUAGAAAACAUCCUGUUUUAUUUUGUGUUGGAACGAAGUCCCUGCUCCAUGUUUAGUGCAGGCCUCUGGAUAGCUGCCAGAGAGCAGCGUAAAACCGGCAGCAAGCAUUGUGUACCACUUUCUCACAAUCCUUUGUUAAAACGUUAUGGAAAUCUCUUAAUAGGUCUUCUACAAUCCAUAAACAGCUUAAGUUUGGUGGUGGUUUUUUUUUUUUUUGCAGUCCCCAUUAGUAAAAAUCCCAACAUUGUUUAUCCUGUUCCAUGAAAAAAAAUAAAAUACUUGUUUUGUGUGCUGCACCUUUAAUUAUUUAUUUCUAUUUUUUAAUAUAUAAUAUUUUUUAUUAGUUUUCAAUUACAUUCCAGUAAUAGCCUCAUUAUAACAAUACCAAUUUAUAAUACAGUUACUAAUACCAAUUGUUCAAAUACCGAAUUAUAUAAUUUAGGUGGCACCCCACAUGCUAGAAUUGAUGGUUGGAUGAUUUUCUUUAUUUCUCUGUUCUAAAAUCUUACUAAUUUCAAUUACAUUUCUAUUUUAUUUCUAUUAAUUUCAAUUACAUUUCUAGUUUAAUUCUAUUUUAUUUUUAAACAUGUUUUUGAGGUACGUACGAGGAAUCCCAGGGAUUCCUGCCUUUGCAUCAUGUUGAUUCCAAUAUACCAUAAAAGGACACCAUAAGGACACCUGUUUGCGGUUCCCAACAGUUUUCAUAACCACUCCUUUCUUGAAGGAAAAGAAGCUAUUUUCCCCAACAUUGAGGAAAUUUAUUAGAUGUAACAAUGGAUGUCAUAAUUGACAUGAUGCUGCUCCUAGGAAAGCUCUCUCCCACUGUUAAUUUAUUUUAAAAUAUGUAUAUCCUGCUUAUUUAUUUAUUUUUGUUAUUUAUUUAAUUUAUAUACCGCCCUACACCCGGAGGUUUCAGAACAAAAUCAAAAUAUGAAACCACAAAAUAUAUAAUCAAAAUAGAAACAACAACCCAAUACCCCCCCCUUUUUAAAAAGGGCAUAGGGUGUCAAUCAAAUCCACCAAAGGCCUGCUUACAAAGGAACGUUUUUGCCCAGUGCCUAAAGGUGCCAGGAGAGGAAUUCUGGAGCCAGGGAGCAAUUGCUUGCACAGUCACAGUUUUACCUCACAUGGCAAGAUGGCCCAGAGAUGGCUCCGGAUGAAGAUGUGCUUGAACUUUAUUUUCUUUCUAGCGUAAUCUAGAAUGUCUUUUUAACAACAGAACAUCUUCCUAUUUUACCCCCGCCCCACAUUAGCUAUACUUAUGGAAAUUUAGAUUUUAUUGUGGAAAGUGAUUGAGGUGUUGAACCAGAUCACAGGAAACCGAGGUUCAAAUCUUCAAUUCCGCCAUGAAGUUCUGGCUGACCUUGGGCCUCGCUUUUGGUGUAAAUGACCUUCUCAGGAUUGUUGCAAGGAAAAACAUGGGAAAACAGGGCAUGAGUCACAUUGAAAACAUGACCAUGUAUUUUCUGCCCUGAACUCCUUGGAGAAAAGAGGGCGUAUGCAUCAAAUAAACGGAGUCAUUUCAGUCAGUUGUGUCUAGUUCUUCUCUUGGCUUCUGCUGGUUCUAGGGUGGAUUUGCCUGGUUUUGUUAGGAUUUUAGCUGCUGGAGUGGGUAGUAUAACCACAUAGUUUCAUCUAAAGUUUGUGUUGAUUGUUAUCACUAUUAUUAUUAUUAUUAUUUUAUUAUUAUUAUUUAUACCCUGCCUAUCUGGCUGGGUCGCUUUGCAUUGAGCUGUUUAUGAGCUUUGCACUGCACAGUAACUGAAUUGGUGGCAUUUUCAGUACUGAAGUUUAUUUCUAGUUUCUUAUGGCAUUUUUAGGGCUGGAUAACCUUUCGUAUUAUCUGUUGAAAUAAUUGCAUUUGAAAUAAUUGCCGGGGGGUGGGGGUGGGGUAGGAUAGGGAGCUGCAGUGACUGAAAGAGGGUGGAACUGUUCACACAAUCUCUGGAAUUGGAUCCAAGCCCACGUAGACUACAAACACAUACUAAAUCAAUCAAGCAUGGGCAGAUAUAAAAGAAGAGUCCACUAUCUGUAAAAGGUUUCUCUCACGACACCAUAGCCUUUUGGUUGGAACAGUGGCUAUUCCCCACAUGUGCAGUUGCAAGCGCAUACGUGUAAUUUUAUUGCAUGUAUAUCCCGCCACCUUCUCUAAGGAGCUCAAAGUGAAGUACAAGGUUCUCCCCUUCCUCAUUUUUAGUCCCCACAACAACCCUGUGAGGUAGGUUAGGCUGAGAGGCAGUGACUGGCCCAAGGUCACCCAGUGAACUUCAUGGUUGAGUGGGGAUUUGAACCCUGGUCUCCCAGGUUCCUGACCGACACUCAAGCCACUAAGCUACAUACUGGCUCUCUCAUGCUUAGCAGCCGGAACUGGAUAGAGAAUAAAGAUGGAGGCGAGGGAAGAGUACUGAAAGAGAAGGGAAGAGAGCAAAUGGAUGGCAGAUAGACUGACCCACACAAUACAUUUAAAUCGCAGGGUAUCCUGGGGACUGUAGUUUGUUAAAGAGUCUGGAGAUUAUAGCUCUGUGAAGGAUAAACUAUGUAAAUUAAGAAGGGGGACAAAAGUUAAAUGUUUUUAAUGAUAAUAAGCCUGGACACAGAAAGGUGGGGUUAAGGCAUGCAAGGUAAUCGUGAAAGGGGAAAAGAAAUGACAGGAGAUGACUAGAAACACUUUGAGAUGUAAGUGCAAAAGGAAUAUUAGAUAGCAAGGAUCGGCUAUCUCGGCUUCGAAUAGCAAGGAUCAAGAGCAGUGUGCAGGCCUGCUCAAGCUGCAGAAUUCGCCUUCCCAAUGCAGCUGUUGUUUCCUGUGUUUUUGGAGGAAUGGGGUACAUGGGACUGUAAUGCUGUGAUGGUAAGGAAUUUUGGGUCUUGAUCAGAAAUUCCUGCACAUGUCAGUGCAGAAUCCUGGAUUGAGGUUCAGAUCUCGCCAUUCGUGCAUGACCUUGGACAUAUCAUGCUCUCUCAGGCUGUGUACACACCCCUGUUUGCUCUGCAUCCAGUGUGCUCCCAUUGCUGAUUUGGGAAGCAAUGUCAACAUGGUGUUAGGCACAACCCAUAUCUAUUCUGUAUCUAUCCUGUCAUUUCUUACGAAAUACUGUAUUUUGAGGUGUUUCCCCCUAAGCCAGCUUCAUUCUGAAUUGAGAAAAAGAACAACUUAGGUCCAUUUUAAGCCAGUGAUGUGUCUGCAGCCUCUUGUCUAACUGGCCUCACAGGGUUGUUGUGUGAAUAAAAGGGGAGGGCAUCUAUUGCUGCCCUGUGUCCCCUGGAGGAAAAGUGAGAUAAAAAAUGAAAUAUAGCAUUGUUGUUGACAUCGUUUCUAAAGGAUCUUAAUCUUUUUGAACUGAACAACAUAUGUUUGUGUUAUUUUGCCCUGUUAAGAAAUAUGGGAGGAAAGGCUUUGGGGAAUACUGCUAAUGACAGCUACAUUGUUCUCUCUCUCAAUUUGGAUCAAAGCUGGUUUGAGGGGAAAAGCAGUGUUUCUCAAGAAACAACAAAGUAGAUAAGGGAUUGUGACAUACGUACUCUUGCUUCCCAGAGCUCACUGGAUGCCAAGUAAAUGGGGGUGUGCGCACAGCCUCAGUUACUACAAAUCUUCCUGUGAAAACAAGAAGUCAAAGGAGGUCUUGUUUAAUGCAAACAUGCUGUUUUGCAUAACUGUGUGCUUACAAUGAAUGACCCAUUCUCCACUGAUCUAUUUCCCUCACUCACCAUCCCCAUCUCCAAAGGCACAAUUUCUUAUGCUCAGCUGAGUCCUCCUUACACACACACACACCACUGACUACUGAAGGCUUGGUGCUCAUUGACCGAAAAUAGCUCCUCUUGCUGCUGGUUUCAGCCCGCCCUGGCUGUGCUGCUGCAGAUGUCAAAUAAGGAUAAGGGGGUGACUGUAGGAGUGAGAGAUGCAGGGAUAAGGAGGCGGAUCUCUAGAAGAAAAUCCAUUGCAGCCCACACACUUUUUAUAUGCCACGUAGGGAGUAACUUUGUGUUUAAAGGAGGGAAAAACACAGUGGCAUUCAGAGGGUGACCUCAAGUCCCCCUCUGCCUCUUGGUGCAAAUUAUGUUUCUAGGGCACAGUUUUAAGGUUAUGUAUACAGAAACUGGAUAAUAUGUCAACAGUGUGAUUAAGUCUUGCUAACGUUAGACCACUAGAUGCAGAAUAGGAAAAGCCAUUGGGCAUUUCAUUAGACUUCCAGAGUGGUGUUAAAUAUUGUUCAUGUAAUAUUGUGGUCCAUGUUGGCAGUUAACACAGGAAGCCUUAGGAUAUCCCCCCCCCCCAGCACCAAGCAAUGUGGUAACGGCUGUUUCCUAUAUUAAAAUUGAACAGAGGAACACUGUUGUUGGUUUUUCUGUACACAUUAUAACUUUAAAGCACAUUCAAAGCGCAAUCUUUCUCUCAGAGGUCUGGGCACUUUAGUUUACCCCCUCAUAGAAUUCCUAGCUGCCCUUAACAAACCAGCCCUAUUCUACAAAUAUAUACUGAAAAGUAAGUCCUACUGAAUUUAGUGGGGCUUACUCCCACUUAAGUGUGCUAGGGAUUGCAAGCUCAGUAAACUUUAUAGCAGGGAUGGGGAAUCUGGUUCUCUUAAGAUGUUAUUGAACUGCAACUCCCAUCAUUCCUGAAUAUUGGCCCUGCUGGCUGGGGCUGAUGGGAUAUAGGUGUGGGCCACUCCCCCUAGGCCACAUCAGGUAGAGAAUUUUUUUCCAGAUGUAACCCUCAUUACCAUUUCUUCCUUACAGGACUUUUCUCCAGAUGGGCAGUCACUUUGAAUUACGGAUGCCUCAAAUGAGUAUUAAUCGUGCCACUGGAAUGGAACGAUCAAGCAAUCAAGAAUCUUGUCAGCUGACCGAAAACAUGACUUCUACAAUCCAUGAUCUAGGAGAAAGCAGCCAGAAACAGUGUGGGCAAACCAUUACCAUGUCUUCACUAUGCAGAAAUCAUGGUAAAGUCAAGAGUGUUUGCUGUAGAAUGUGCAACGCACAGCACAGCCCUGUUGAUCCUUUUCAGAUCAACUACACAUGAUACUAAAUGAAUCUUUUGAGCAUUGCAUCAUUAUAUUGUUGCUGUUAUUAUUUGUUUUAACUAGCAGCUUUGGAGAGGAGACCGAAUUAGGAUCGGGACCAUGACACAUGAAAGGGUGAAGCUCUUUCCUCCCAUGCCACAGCCCUAAUUAAAAUCACCACCACCAUGCUGUUAUUUUGUAGAGGAGGAAACUGCCUCCCUCCUAUACCAAAUAUCACGGGGAGGAAAUGGAAUUUUCAUAGGGAUCACUGCAUGGGAUGGAGGGAAUUUUUAUUUUUAAGCUAACCCUAACCCCUUCCCUCACCAUGAUCAGCCUCCUUCCCACAUAGAUGGUGUUUGAAAUUUUAAAAAGAACUGGGCUGUGAAUGUCUGUUGCAUGUGUAGCCAAAACAGCACCACCCAUGCCCAAGGGGGAGGUGUCAGCAGGCUUAGAGGGACGCCAAGGUUUGGGGGAACAUUAAGGUUUGCAGAAGCUGAGGGGGGGCUUUUCCACCCUAUACAUAAAAAAAUAAAACAGUAAGUUCAAGUCCUAUAAAGACUGUGCUUACUGGCCAUGGAUGCUGACUAAGGGGGAAUGGGACAGAAAACAGGUGGAAGGAAGAAUAGAUUGAAAUAUCAUCAAGGAGAGCAUGGUUGCUAAAUGUGAGUGUGCUAACUUGAACAUACCAAUACCUGUACAGUGGUGCCUCGCAAGACGAAAUUAAUCCGUUCCGCAAGAGUCUUCGUCUAGCGGUUUUUUCGUCUUGCGAAGCAAGCCCAUUGACGGAUUAGCGCUAUUAGCGCUAUCAGCUGUUUAGCGGCUAUUAAAGGCUUAAAGGCUUAGGGAUUAGCUGCUAAAAGGCUAUUAAAGGCUAUUAAAGGCUUAGCAGAUUAGAUAAAGGGGGAAAAGCGAAAAAAAUCUCAGGACUCGCAAGGUAUUUUCGUCUUGCGAAGCAAGCCCAUAGGGGAAUUCGUCCUGCGAAGCAACUUCAAAACGGAAAACCCUUUCGUCUAGCGGUUUUUCCGUCUUGCGAGGCAUUCGUCUUGCGGGGCACCACUGUAUGUGUAUGAUCAGAUUGUGUUUACGUGGCUGAUUUGUGUGUCAUAGACUGCUGUUUACAGAUGUGUCAGGGUGUUUUAGUAAUCUACUAAAUCAGUGGUGCAUAUUCUCUUAGCAUUGUAUUAUCACCAAUAAUAAUAAUAAUAAUAAUAAUAAUAAUAAUAAUUUAUUAUUUAUACCCCGCCCAUCUGGCUGGGCUUCCCCAGCCACUCUGGGCGGCUUUCAAAAGAAUAUUAAGAUACUGUGAUACAUCAAACAUUAAAAGCUUCCCUAAACAGGGCUGCCUAUUUGUUAUAAACUUUUGUUAUAGAUCGCUUUUUUUGGGUAAUCUGUCUAAUGCAUUUAACUCAAUUGCGGCUUUCAUCUGCUGUGUUUAGAUCAUGCAGAGUUCAGAUAUGCUUCCCAUCCAGCAAGUCCUCAGUGUUCUAACACUCUUGAAGACACCAAAGGCAUUUUCUUCCAAGUGGGGAGUAAAAGAAACCUCGAAUACUACACUACUAGCCAAGAGCAGUUUGGGAUUGGUUGUAGCAGCUUGAACAACAGUACGCAAGUCCAAGCGCCAGAGAAAGUGACUCUUGUCGUUGAUGGCACUAGAUUUGUUGUAAAUCCCCAGAUUUUCACAGCUCAUCCUGAUACUAUGUUAGGAAGGUAAGUGUCUUCAUUACCUUUUUAAACCUUGCAGACUACUUAAAUGGAAACAAAGUGUAUCGCUACUGCUGCUGAUAGGGUGUGCUUUGCAGUCUGAAUAGGGUUAGGAGGAUGGUUUGUAAUUUUGGAAGGCCACCUAGCUUUAGAAUUCUGUCCUCAUCAUUCCCAUUGGAAUUUGAAGGUGUUCCACUUCAUGAGGUUAUUUGCAUUUAACUUGUUAAUGCAUUCCAGUGAAAUCAGAUAACUCCCAAGUAAACGGGUUUAGCAUGAGGGACCAGAAUGAAGGUUCCGCUGGAGAUGUUCAUGGUACGUUGACCUUAUGAGACAUCUCAAAGAUUAUGUGAUGAAUGCCACUCACUGGUCUAGAUAUGAGCAAUCUUAUGGCAAGGAUAAGGAACCUUUAGCUCUCCAGAAGUUGUUGAACUACAACUUCUGUCUGUCCCAGCCAGCCUGACAAAUGCUAAAGGACCAUCGGAGUUGUAGUCCAGCAAUAUCUGGAAGACCACAGAUUCCCUAUCCUUGUCUUAUGAUCAAACCACAAGAGGCUUUUAUACAUUUUCAUUUUAUUUACGAAAAGCAGCCACAAAGAGAGGAAUAGUGGUUUAACCCUUUUCUAAUUCUCCUCUGCCCCCAAUUACUGGUGCCUGUCCCAACUGAGUUUUAUUUUUAACAGAGCAAAUAGCAGCUUAUGGGGGCAAUUUUCAGCAAGACGCUGGUAUGUGACAUUAGCUCUCCCACUCCCACCCCCGUAACAACAUCCUGAUCUGGAUUCCUUCCCACUCACCCGCAGCCUCCCCGUGGCUGCUUUUUUUGUGAAUGAAGAGACAUAGCCAGUCUCAGCACAUUUUUAGAUUAUUUUAAUUCAUGUCCAGUGGUCAGAUCCUGAUUGUAUCCAGGUUUGAAGGCAGCAUGUAAACCCUCAUUUCCUGGUUUAGGAAUUAAGGAUAUAAGUGUCAAAGUUGUAUGCAUGGAGGCAGGAGCAAGAUGGAAUUAUGUGGGCACACAGUUCAUUCUCAGAUUAUGACAUCUGAACUUUUGAGAACUCCAUGCCAUUUUCUCAGCUGUGUAAAAUGCCAUCCAUCUCCUUAAUAAAGGGCUUAAUAAUUACUGCAUUCUCAAAGAAACACUUGCCAUGAUUGACAUAGUUCUUUAUUUAGAUAGUUUCAAUGUGCUCUGUUUACUUCAACACACUAGCUGGCAUUUGGAGACAGCCAUCUUAAACCCAUGUAUGGAUUAUCAUUUCAGAAUGUUUGGACCAGGACGAGAAUAUAACUUCACUCGGCCGAACGAGAAGGGUGAAUAUGAGAUUGCGGAUGGAAUUAGCUCCACGGUGUUCCGGACUGUGCUGGUGAGGAAGCCCCCAAAGUUGCAAAAGUAGGGUUCUUCCUCCAGUUUGUAUAGUUCCUAUUCCUGCCUUCACAUUCAAAGGAACUUUGAGCUUCUCAUGUAUCUUCUGCUUUAUUUAUAGAUCUGUUUCUUUCUCGUUUCCUUCCUAUUUCUUACUUCUAAGACAGCACCUAUCACUUAUAUUGUGUAUUGUUGGGAAUAACACUUUCUGCGUUGUCCCAUAUAACUAGUCAUGUUUUUCGUUCAUGGUAUAUGUACACAGUGCUGGCUCCAGGUUUGGGGAGGUCCUUGGACCCAGUGGUGGCCCCCUCCCUCAGUGAGUCUACCACCUCAUGGCCAUUAUGGGCAGCUGUUGCUGCUCCUCUGCCCCCUCAUUGUCAUUGCUCCUACCUGCUUGCUUGCCAGGCAGCCAAUGAGCAAAGAGGCAGCAGCUCCUGCACCUCCUCCUCCUCCUCUCCACCAUUUUUGUUUGCUUGAUGAUCCCCUUGAAGGCCAGAGUGAGAGGCAGGUGAAUAAGCAGGUUGCAAUGGUGAAGGGAAGGAGCGAAUCCAGGGGACUCUCAUCAGUGGAUGCUCUGAUGGAAUAUGGAGCAACUAUUCCAAUCCUUGGUGCCAGCUCUGGUCUCAUGGUAGAAUAUGGUGCUAAUUCAUAAUGUUGAGCUUUAAAAAACAAACACAAUUAUUUAAAAGACGCAUUCAUCUAUGUUAGAUCAGAGUCAUGAGAUAGCUCAGUUGGUAGAGCAUGAGAGUCUUAGAGCUGUGGGUUCAAGUCCCAUGUUGGGCAAAAAGAUUACUGCAUGGCAGGGAUGACCUUCACGAUCCCUUCCAACUCUACAGUUCUAUGAGUCGAACUCCCUAGUCAAUAACCAGAUGGGAGGCUGCCUGGUGCCCUGGGUGCAUCCCUCCAUACUUUUGGAAGGAAGAACAGGAUACAAGUGAGCAAUAAUAAACACAGCUGCGCUUUCCUUUCAGGAUUAUUACAAAACUGGAAUCAUUAACUGUCCCGAUGGGAUUUCUAUUCCGGAUCUCAGAGACACGUGUGACUACCUUUGCAUCAACUUUGAUUUCAACACAAUCAAAUGUCAAGACUUAAGUAAGUGUGGCCAAACUCAAAGGAGCGGCGGGUAAAUGCUGCGCAUGUUGGGGCCAUUCCGCUCCAGACCCUGCUAGUCAGGGUGGCAUUUGAGACGUAGGGAGUUGGGUCUCUGAUUUUCUCUCAGGCGGCUUUGAAAGAAGGUAUCAAUGACUACUCACCAUGAUGGCUAUGUUAUGCCUCCGUGGUCAGAGGCAUUAAUGCUUCCGAAUACCAGUUGCUAGAAACCGCAAGUGGGGAGAGUGAUCUUGUGCUUGCGGGUUUUCCAGAAGAGGCCCCUGGUUGGCCACUGUGAGAACAGGAUUCUGGGCUCAAUGGACCAUUUGCCAGAUGCAGCAGCGCUCCUCUUAAUGUCCUUCCAGCCGGAUGCAAAGGACUCACAUGUGACUUAUUUCCUGUUAGGUGCAUUAUUGCAUGAGCUGUCCAACGAUGGGGCUCACAAGCAGUUUGACUGCUAUCUGGAGGAGCUGAUCCUGCCUAUAAUGGUGGGGAAUGCCAAGAAGGGAGAACGCGAGUGUCACAUUGUGGUGCUAACGGAUGAAGACAUAGUGGACUGGGAUGAAGACUACCCACCUCCAAUGGGAGAAGAAUACUCACAAAGUAAGGGAUCUGCAUUCAUUUUUUUAAAAAAUAUAAAUAAUACAAUUUCUAGAAAGUUAUUUUAAAAACCAACUUAUGCCACCACAUGGUAUACAUGGUGUGUGUCGUCUUAGCAAAGGCUGAAAAAAGAAAGAAAAUACAGUUACAAAUGGGGGUGAUUUAUACCAACCAAAAAAAUUCCGAACUGUAUACCUACAGUUAAAAGUGUUAUAAGGAUAAUAUAAAAUUGUUAAAUGAAUAAGAAAUGGAUAGGAAUUUCUUUUUUGCCUUGUGCAGAGGAUUAUUCCCAAAAAUUCUUGCAUUUCAGUGUCUGGUUAUACACAUAAAAGUACAAUUGAUCAUGGUGUUUAAGAACUGUGGCUAGAUGUAAGAUUGUAGGCUGAAUGCCUACCAACCCCGUAAUCUAUACAUGUAGUAAAUCUGUAGUUUUUGUUCAUAUGUUGCACAGGCUCCAAGCAUCUUAAUUCAUCACACCCUCCCUCUUAACAUCAAAUUUACCAUGGGGGUGGGGAGAAGCAGUUCUUUCUGAAGCAAAUUUUUGCAUUUCUAUUAUUAAUGGUUUGCAGAAUAUUUAUUAUUAUGUAUUAAAUUGGAUUGAGGUGGGAGAGGCAACUUACCAAUUCCCCUUGUGCCUUCCAAACAUCCGCUUGGUGUGGGAGGCAGAUCUGUCAUCUUCCCUCCAUGGGCAGAAGGAUAUGUUCCAUGUGUGGAAGGUGAAGUCAGGAUGCAACCCAAUAUUAUUUGAGAAAUGUGUAUCCUGCCUUUCUAGCAAAUGGUGCUCACUAUCACAGAUGAUUGUUUGUUUGUUUAUUUAUUAUUCGACAUUAUUAUGAUGUAUUAUUGCGAUAUUUAUUUAAUUAACAAGAUUCUUAUAUCGUUAAAAAUUAAAUCAACCUCUAAGUGAUUUUACACAAAAUAUUAAUUAAAAAAUGGCAAGAAACAGAUUUUAGAACCAGUGAACAUCCCAGGUUGUGUGAAAUUGCUAGUGUCAAAGGUUUUAACCAUCCUCCUAGUGCUCUAUUCUUUAAAAAAACUGCUAACCUGUCAAAUUAGCCACUGCUACAGUUGUCAGAUUUUUAAAAUAUUAUUUUCUUUGUUGUAGUUCUGUAUAGUUCUAAGCUCUACAGAUUCUUCAAGUACAUUGAGAAUCGGGAUGUAGCAAAAACGGUUUUGAAAGAACGUGGCCUGAAAAACAUCCGAAUUGGCAUUGAAGGCAAGUAACAGUGUUUUCUGAAUAGCAGAAGCUUUUCAAAAGAAGCCAGAAGUUUCCUGUAGCAACUCUGCAUUUACUGGGUCUACUAACAGAUAGCUCAAUCACCCAUGUACUAACUUUGCUGCUCUCCAACCCUUCGAUUUUGGGUCACCAAUUUCACGACUAACCUUUUUUUGCAGAGGGAGCCCUAAACGUUGCCUGUAUCUGAUGCUGCUGGCAAGAGCCCUGGGAUUAGCUGUGUUUCAUUUGGAGAUGCGAUUUGGCAGUCACCCCUGGGCUGAAGGCUGUGUAGACACCAGUGUUAAUGCACACAUGGGUUGUUCAUAUCCGGUUUUUCCAUGUGUGCUUUGGGGAAGUUUGUUCACUCACAUGAGUGCUUUCAAUUGAACUCUGCCUCAGUGUUGUACAAAGUUUUGUUGUCCCCUCUUCACAGUUAGUACUUCUUCAUCCUUCUUGAGUUCUGGAAACCUGAAGUCCAUAAGGCACAAAUAGUGCACACAGUAUUUGUUCAUCAGUGUGCACUGCCAGUUUUUUUUUGUAUUUCUGAGAUACACGUUUUUAGGUAUACCACACUUGCACAAGGCAGGUUACUUCUUUUUUUUUAAGUGUGUGUAUGUGUUGCACCUAGGGACGUGGGUGGCGCUGUGGGUUAAACCACAGAGCCUAGGACUUGCCAAUCAGAAGGUCGGUGGUUCGAAUCCCCGCGACGGGAUGAGCUCCUGUUGCUUGGUCCCUGCUCCUGCCAACCUAGCAGUUCAAAAGCACAAAGUGCAAGUAGAUAAAUAGGUACCGCUCCAGCGGGAAAGUAAACGGCGUUUCCGUGUGCUGCUCUGGUUCACCAGAAGCGGCUUAGUCAGGCUGGCCACAUGACCCGGAAGCUGUCUGCGGGCAAACGCCGGCUCCCUCGGCCUAUAGAGCGAGAUGAGCGUGCAACCCCAGAGUCGGUCACGACUGGACCUAAUGGUCAGGGGUCCCUUUACUUUUACCUUUAUGUGUUGCACCCACGGGAUGCGGGUGGCGCUGUGGGUUAAACCACAGAGCCUAGGACUUGCAGAUCUGAAGGUUGGCAGUUCGAGCUCACGUUGCUCGGUCCCUGCUCCUGCCAACCUAGCAGUUCAAAAGCACGUCAAAGUGCAAAUAGAUAAAUAGGUACCGCUCCUGCAGGAAGGUAAACGGCGUUUCCGUGGGCUGCUCUGGUUCGCCAGAAGUGGCUUAGUCACGCUGGCCACAUGACCCGGAAGCUGUACGCCAGCUCCCUCGGCCAAUAAAGCGAGUACCGCAACCCCAGAGUCGGCCACGACUGGACCUAAUGGUCAGGGGUCCCUUUACCUUUAUUGUAUUCCUACUCCACGCCCCUUGCUUACUGCAUUGUCCACAGACCAGGACAAUCGAAAUUAAAUGUUGGAGAGACAGAGAGCACAGGCUGUGAUUUGGAUAAGGACAAUGCCAUGUGGGUGGCACGGAAAACAUGCACCCAUGGGACGCCUUGAAUCCACUUUAAACAGUGUUGUGUAUACAGCCUAUACAGUUUCAUCAGCACAAUCCUAGUCUGAACCCCGGGGAUACUCUUCCUUUGGGCUGCUCACAGGGGCUGGGCCUGGGCCGAGAUGGUUAACAGUGUCAAAAUAUUUGUUUCAGGUUACCCCACCUGUAAAGAGAAAGUGAAGAGGAGGCCUGGAGGGCGCUCGGAAGUUAUCUAUAAUUAUGUGCAACGCCCGUUCAUCCAGAUGUCGUGGGAAAAGGAAGAGGGAAAGAGUCGCCAUGUUGACUUCCAGUGCGUUAGAAGCAAAUCUCUAACAAACCUCGUGGCGGUGGGGGAAGAUGUGGCGGAAGACCAGGAAGUUAUGCUCCAUCACCCGCCCCAGGUGGAUGAACUUGACAGACUGAAUGCACCAUUUUCUCAAAUGGAUCCUAAUGAGCUUCCGGAAUAAUGUAACUAAAGUGCAGUGUUUUCUCAAAUGGAUUUGUUUGAUUGACUGGCUCAGGACUGAAUAUCCAGAUCGGCCUGCUGCUAGUUUUCAUACAACUGGAUCUCUUAAAAGCUAUUGCAUUACCAUAAUUGCUCAAUUCUCUAAAUACAGUCUACAUACGUAGAAAGGACUAGUGUUAUUACAUCAUUUGCUGAGGCCUCCCAAGUAUUCUCCAAUGAGAACGUGGACUCUGGGAAUUAAGUUUACAUCUCACCCUGUCAAAGAACAGAAAUAAAAUGUUCUCAUUGAAUUGAAAUACGGUGUAAAUAUACAUACAGUUCUGUGUUAAUGCUUAGCAGCCAUCGCUUAGUUACAAAUAGGCCAAGCGCUAUAGCAAUAAUGACUUCACCGUCAUGGGACAAUUACCAGUAAGAAUAAAAAAACUAUGCUUCUCAUCAGUUGGGUGCAGCUACACAGCGGAUAGCCUAUGCAGUCCAGUGUUGUUGCUUUUUAAGUUUCCUUUUCAGUAGCUGUCCCACCAACUCCUUAAAUUGCUUCUUAAUCUCCAGGACCUGCUGGGAAGAGAUUGAAAACUCUGAUUUCAGAGGCAUACCAAACAAGUUCACUCUGAGUCAUCAGUUUUCAAGAAACCAAAUACCAGUCUGCACUACAAAGUGCUGUGUUUUCAACUCAAGGCACAGUUGCUCUGCCAUCCCCAUACUUUAAAAAAGGAAGAAAAAAAACCUAACAGAACUGGACACAAGUUAUUGCAUUAGUGAAUCCCAUAAAAGUUGUGGUUUUAGGCAAGUUUACCUAGGAGUAAAUCCUAUUGAAAAGUGUGGGACUUUUCUUUCAACUAAACUUGCAUAGGAUUGUGCUGCAAGUCUACUGAAAAAGGGUUAAAGUUCUUUAUAUUCAGCCAUACAAAUGAAGAAGCGUCUCUCUCUACAUGUUGUAUCUGUAACUUGCUCUCUAUUAUGACUGUCGUAAAUUAGUAGGAAUAUCUUUUAAGGUUACAGUGAGUGCUGAAUCCUACUGGAUUCAACAACAAAGCCAAGUGCAGAGUGCUUGGCGCAGUACAGAUGUAUUGCAUAAACAUUACGAUGUUUUUUCAGCAUAGCUCUGCCAAUCUUCUCUAUUUUGUGUUACUUCCUUGGUUCUGUUCCAGGAUUCUCAUCUUGUUGCCACUUGCGUGAAAUUUAAUAUUGAACCUCUUCAAAUGUUCAACAACAGCACAUGGUAUUCGUGCUGCAGGGGCCAUACGACUUCACAGUGCGUGUAGCAGAAAUGCCUGUCUUGAUUUUGGAUGAUGUUUAGCUUUAAUGGCUGCAAUAGAAAUUGUGAUUUAGGAUUGUUGAUGGGAGGGGAUGCUGCUCUUCAGUGCUAGGAUGUUCGGAUCAUUACCAACCUUGCCAUGUUUUUUUAAAAGUUUGGUGGGAUUAAAGAUUUUAUAAUAAAAUAUGCCCUAAGAUUAAAAGUUCCUAACAUGAAGAAAGCCAGCACUUCUCACCAGUACGUUAGCUUUCAGUGUACAGCAUGGGUAGGCAAACUAAGGCCUAGGGGCCGGAUCCAGCCCAAUCACCUUCUAAAUUCGGCAAGGACGGUCUGGGAAUCAGUGUGUUUUUACAUGUGUAGAAUGUGUCCUUUUAUUUAAAAUGCAUCUCUGGGUUAUUUGUGGGGCGUAGGAAUUUGAUCAUCCCCCCAAAAAAAAUAUAGUCUGGCCCCCCACAAGGUCUGAGGGACAGUGGACCAGCCCCCUGCUGAAAAAGUUUGCUGACCCCUGGUGUACAGGGAGAUUUUGAUGGGUUAAGCUCAGGGAAACAUGCUGGUAGUUUGAAUGGGAAUUGGCUGUUAUAUGAGUUAUGCACUGUAGUUAUACCUGCCCAUUACAUUAAAGUGCUUCAAAAGCUUAGCCUAUCCUCUGCAAGGUAGAGAAAAAACUUUUGACACAUUCAGAUGAAGAAUCUUACUGCAGAAGAAAGCAAAUACACACCUGAAGUCCUGAAUUUUCAGCAACUUAAGUGUGAUUUUAGAACAGAUUGUGCAUAAUGCUGGUCUGAAUUAAUAUGUAGAGGACUUUGCAACUAUCAGCACCUGCAAUUAUAUACUUUUUAAAAAAAUCAAUGCACCAAAUAUCUCUAUCUUAAGAGCCUCAAAAGAACAAAUGUGUAGCUGAUUGCCAUCUACUUGGGAUCUGCUUAGAGGAAUUAAGUGAAUAGAUAUUGCCAGAUAGUGGAGAUAGCUUUCCAGAGUCAGAAUAAAUCGAGUUAAUACUUCCAGUGAAGGGAGAAUCGCCCAAGGUCACUAAUUUAUGUAACAAAUGGUCUUUUUAAUUUUCAAUUAAAACUUUUUGGUUUUAUUUCCAAGCAAGAUUAAUGGACUAUGCUACUGUUACACUGUUGAAGAUGUUAAAGCAGACUUGUAGCACAAUCUUAUACAUGCUUACUCAAAAGUAAGCCCCAUUAUGUUCAAAGGGGCUUUCUGGAAAGUGUGCAUAGUUUUGCAGCCUUAGAACUGUAUCAAGGAAGCUUUUAUCAUUUCUGAUCCAGUUAUUUUAUUUAAACAGCCAUUCAACCUCUCACGAAAGUGCCUACAGCAACGUUUUUCAAAAGCUGCACUACUUGUGCUGUCCACAAGGCAAGGUGGUCUUUUUAGAAAUAUUUAAUUAGAAAAAUAUAGGGUGAUUUAUAGACAGGUGUCAACAUUGAAAGAAACUCCAGCAUGAAAAUUAUUGGAGAAUACUUCCAGUAUUAAAUUCAAAAAUUUGGGUAAGCCAAGUUUGCCAUUCUCACAUGUGUGUAAGAGCCAUUCCCACGUAUGCACUGAAUGUUGAUAGAAAAUUGAACCACUUUUACAGCUGUGAGGGUGGUGAGAAUUUUUGAUAAAAUCUCUAACCUAGAAAUUUUCAGAGUAGCUGCUUAGAAGAUUGCAAUUUCAUACAGUAGCUAUGCUUGCUGCAGCUACAUUGGUGUUUCCAAAAGAAAGUGCUGAAAGUCAGAUACACGUUUCUGGACAUUCAGGGAUGCAUGCUGAGCCCACGAUGGCUAUAACAACAUGAUCAUGUCUGCUGCAUGUUCACGGAACAUAUAGCUGCCCUUCACAUUUUACAUUUGCUGCAGCAGACACACUAGUAUAGGCAAAAAACAAAGACAACUGCCACAGAAAAUGAGAGGUAACCCUUAGGAUUCCAAAAACAAAGAAAUUCAAAAGUGAGGCAACCCCAAUGAACUUGAAGAAUGCCCACUGCAAACAAAGUCAAACCUGACUUGAAAAAUUACACUUACUCCAAAUUAUAACCAGACAUUCAGAGAGCCAAUAUAAGCCACUAAAAGCUUUUCACAAAUAAUAGGUUGCUUUCCCAAAGAAACAAUGUAUCUAUAUCUGAUGCAAAAUAAAAAAAUAAAGUAUUAUAUAGCAUUGUCCAACUAGGAAUAUUGGACUAAUGGGAUAUUUCUAUUCUGGGGUGAUUUAUUUCCUCUUCCGUUAUCUGUAAUUAAAAAGGCACAAAAACAAGUUUCUCCUUUUUUAUUUUGUUCAAUAUUCAGUGUUUACAUUAUCAUACCUUUAAAUAAAAAUUUUUUAAAUACUUUUCCGGUAGUUGUUUACGUCCUGUGUCUUAGUUUUCAAAGAGUUGCCUUUUAUCUGCUGCGUUAUGUUUCUAAUCCUGUGUUGUCUCUUUGGUUGUUGUUUUUCUAGUCAACUUGAAUAUGGUUUGGAAAAUCAUUUUCUUUGCAUUACCUUGAUGCUAAAGAACAGUGUGGCCCUACCUGUACUCUCCAGAGGGAGCCACACUGGCCCCAGCCCCCACCUGUGUGUACACAUGGUAUAAAGAAUGUAUAUAGCCACAUCCCGUGUAACAGGAAACACCUGGUGCCACCACUAACUCUUUAACACACGUGAAGCAACCCUGAAGAUAUUUCAUGUUAGAACAAAAGUUUGCAAAACGCAUGGCUGAGAAGGAGGAUGCUCGUAAGUGCUCUCAAUCAUAACGAAAAGUGUUUUUACGACACUUUCUUUUGAGAGGCAGGCCUUAUCUACAGUUCCCCCAUCCUAUCCCUUCCGGUAAUCAUCCAGUGCUCUGUAUCCUUUUCUAUCCUGCCUCCCUUGCCUAAGUUGUGCUAUUUCCAAAACUUACCGAUACAGCAACUGGAAUUGGGUUUUACCCCCUCCCCCCUUUAUUUUCCCUUUUAUACAGGUGCUGUUUCUCUUUUUAUUUUUCUCUUAUGUAUGUCUCACCAUGUUUAGUGCACAUAUAAUUAUGUACUUUUUCAACUUUCAAUGAAGAUGUCGGUGUGUGUCGGGGGGGGGAUUCAGCGACUGGAAUAAGUGAACAUGUCUAUUGCUCAUUAUUCACUCUUAUUGCACCUAAUCAACACACUUAGCAAAUACAUCCAGGCACCCCCUUUGAUUACCUCAGUGUCAUCUGUUGCGAACAAUAAGCUUUUCAAUUCAAAUAACUCACAAAACAUUAGCAAAACUACAUUUAUUGAGGAAGUAUUUUAAACAGCUCAGAAUGCAAAGACACUUCCAUAAAAAUUGGUCUUCACACAAAACCCCAGAAUCAUGUACAAAGUAUAUGAAAUUUUACACUGCAAGUAGUUACAGCUGUAUGCAGAUACAAAAUCAAUUUUAAUCGGCCAUAAGGCGGAACCCAGGCACAUUGGUUAAGCAGUACCUAAGUGCAAUACUCUGCUAAAAAUCACAAACAACUGGCAGCAUUGCUCAUAAGUCUCAGCCAGGAAUUUUCUCCUGUACCCAGACACGCCAAAAAUGCAGUAUUUUGCAGCUUUUUGUUGUGCCAGAGAGACAUCAGCGUUACUAAAUACCUCAGUAGAACAGGAAACAGAAAAAUGAUACCAACUUGCAUUAUGAGUAAGCUGUGUAAUUGUUUGGCUUCUAGAUCUAAAACUGCUUUUGAAGAAGAAAUGUGCCACCCCGGAAAGGCAACAGUUUCUCUAGAAUUUACUAUGGGCUGCUGCAGGGUGACAAGAGCUAGGAACAUGAGAUUGGCAGCCACCUGUGGACUGUGCACUCCCUGCCACAUUAAUUGUGGUUAAUAUUGGCAUUAAGCGUUGACACUUACAAUGGUCAUUAAGGCUUAUUGGGAUUCCUGUUUAACCAGGAUUUAAAUACAGGUUUCAGAUCUUGGUUAAAUGAGAACCUUAAUUCUCUAAAUUAGUGCCAACAGACUACUUAACUGAUUAAAGAGGACAUUUACUGCAGUGACAGAGUUCAUGCGGAAGCUCUCUAAAAAAUUUGUUGAAAGGAAGCCAGCAUUGGCUGCAACAGCCAAUAUAUGAUCUUCUCAGUUAAUACUCCUGUUUUAGUGUUGUUGUUGUUGUUGUUUUUAAAAAAGCAAUACCAUAGGAAUCCAAGUUAUAAUGUUGCUAUGAGAGGGCAGCAUUGAUUUUACCCCACCCCCCAAAAAAAAGAAAAUGGUUCACAGACUGAUGUUCCAAGUUCCCAAAUGCUUAAUUCUCAUUUCCAUAAGCUUGUUGAUGCAUAAUGUCCUUAUUUGUGGGGAGCCUUCAUUCACUGCACUGGCAGUGUUAAUUAAGCACACUGGGUGACCUCUGGCAACUCAGCUAUGCUCUUGGCUGCUGCAGAGACUACAGGAACAAUGAUUCGACCUCAGUUAUAACAAUAUGCUAUAUUCAUUCUCACUACAAUACACAAAGUAAAUCUUUCAAAAAUUCCCAACAGUAGAAGACAGAAAAUUACACCUUGUACUGCAAUUCAAUUUACUCACGUACACACAAUGCUUGCACUCAUCUGUCACACUGUGGCACAGAGAUGCUUUGCUAAAUGGUCAUAAUGCAGAAGGAAACAUCAAAGAGGCAUGCAAGAAUCUUGUUUUCUUCCCUUUUGUGCAAGUUAUUGGCUGGGCAGCUCUCUAGGCAAUCAGGUUAUCCUGAGACCUUCUACAGCUUUUUUAAUAAAAGGCUUUUAAAGCACCAGUUAUGUAUGCUACAUAUUUUCAACAUUCAGCAAGCACCAGAAAUUUAACUUUAAACCCAUCAUUAUCUAACCAGUAAGCAAAACUCUAGCCCCACCAUGUGUAGGACACGUCAUUGGAGCACAGUAAUAAUUACAAACUAGGCACAGAGGAUAUAUUAAAGCAGGAAUAAGAGUUACCUCCCUAUAGCCUCUCUCUAGAUACAUUUUGUGGACAAAGCCUAAAUGCAAAAUAUUUCAUUAGUGACCUUCUCACUGAAGCUUCUGUGCAUUGCCACAUCUAGAAAACUAGUUAAGGACCAGGAUCUAUCUGGAUUUAUAGGAGUACUAAGGAAGAUAGGAAACACUCAUGGUAUGAUGAUGGGGGGGGGGGGUUUCCAAAUCAGUACAUUAAGACUGCCUACCGGUGAGGGGUAUGUGUAACAGUGCAGAUUGGAGAACAACCACUAUUAAAACAGUGUUUAAUGUUUUAGCACAUUAAUCCCUCCAAUUAAUUUGCUAAAACUCUGAUCUGAUAAGGACAGAUGAACCAUCAGAGGACAAGUGAACUACUGCAUAAUUAUGCACAUUCAGUGAAAAUGACUAAGACACCUGUUAUUGAAAUAUCGCAGGCUUCAUCAUAUCUUCUAAAGGCAGAGACAACAAUAAUAUUUGACGACUGUCUCCUAAACUACAACUGAAUCCUGAUCUCUACCUUUGUACAAGAACAAAGGACUUCAACUUCUUCCAGCCUAUUUGGGCAUCAGAGCACCUUACUAAAGGAAAGCUUAAUGUUUUUACUAAAUCGCCUGGUAACAUUCCCUGAUGUACAAGGACCAUCCCAAGCUAUCAUGUUUAGGUCUCCUCCUCUGGCUUGCCUGUCUUCAUUUUGGCUCCAGAUGCACUAGGUCUCCUCCUGUACCGUUACCUGCCCCCAUCCUCAGUCUGGAGCUUAACAUUGUCUUGAACAAAUGAUUUCAAAGAUAGUUAUCUGAACAAUAUGGUGAACUACAUGAGAUACACAAAAUGAUGGCAGUCUCAUGUACCACGCAGAGCCUGAGAGGGCAGGGGUCCACCUUAAGAAUCUGAAGAACACUCAGAGGGUCAGUGCCACCUAAUGGCAACAGCCCAAGAAGUAGAACUGCACCCUGUAGAUCCUUUGAACAACCAGUCACUAUGAUCCCAUUACUUCCUGUAGAGCACUCCUAGGUUAUCCCAAAAGGCACUUCAGGGCUCUCUGCGUCCAAGCUUCAGAAAGAUAAAGCUCCAAAGUAUAUUAUGCCACUAACACUUACAUUUUACAAUUCUCUGCUUGCAGCAACUUCCUAAGCUUUCAUUAAUCAAAGUCUUGAGGGUGAGAAGUAGGGAAAGAAUCUGAAAAAGCAGGGCUCCUUUCACAGUAUUAACUAUGGUAUCCUAAUAAUGCUAUUAACAGUGAUUUCUCUCUUACUACCAAGUAGAAUGCAGUUACAUAAAUCUCACAAGGAAUCAUCUUUAGCUCUCUUGACAAUGCUUGUAAAAAAGCGUAACGUUCCCCAAAUCUGAAGUUUAGAGGGGGGGGGGAGCUCAAUACUUUAGGAUUACUAUUUUAGUACCAACAGUAAAGUGCAGCAGCUUUUGAGGCCAUUGUUGGGUUGAAAAAAUUGCUAUCCAAAAGGCUUUUGAACUAAGUAUACAACACACUAGUGACAAUUAAGGCAAUACAGGUUUUGCCCUCCUAUAGGAUAAGCUUCUGAGAAUUUGGUCUACCUCAUACUAGUUAUUGCUCUGUUUCCUGUACAAUACCUUAGCCCUUAGAAUUGUGCUGUACCUUUGCACAGCACUUGUAAAACAGAAGAUACAAAAAAAACCCAAACCACAAUUAUGUUAUAGUCUACAAUGUAAAUAAAAGCUUGCACUCUCCUUCUUGAAGUAACAGUCUUAGGAAUUUUAACUAAAGCCAGAAUAACCUAUUUCUGCAAUAAAAUCUGCAAAGGCAGGCUCAUAAGUGCCAUUUGUGGAAGUUUUCAAUGCAUAAAUCCAUUUAAAUGUAAACACUGUGCAUAAUGAUGUUAUUUUGCACUCUUCUCAAGAGUUCACAGGCCUCAGAUAAAGUUUAUGAAGCAUAGGAGAAAAAACUUGUGCUGACAGGAAAGAAUGAAGGUUCAGGAAUAGUUUUGUUGUGAGUCACUACUUUCCUGCUUUCAUGUAUGAAGGUAUUGCUCCUCGAGCUGUCAGGCCUUCAAAUCGCUUGUAGGUAUAAUUUAUAAAGACCCAGUCUUUGUUCUUGUAGUCUGUCUCUGGAUGGUUGCUUGUGGUCACUG